AUGUCUGCAAGCGAUGAUAGACCUAUCGGCCAUUUUACCAGCAUGAAACCAGGAGUUACGCUCUGGGUAACGUAUUUUCCCUUUUUGCUAAAAGUCGGCCAAAAAUUUUUUUGGGGAUUUUUGUAUGGACAACACUUUCUUCCCCACCCAAAAGCCUCAAAUGAUGCCGCAAAAUCUGAAGACUGCCCACUCAACUCUGAAGCCGAAAGCCAAGGAGGAUAA